UGGCUUCAGACUUCAGUACCGAGCCGCGCUGGGUCAGGACUCGACGUGGAUAUUCAUUGCUCGUUCGAAGGCCGCGUUAAAUGUAUGGGAAAUAAAACGGCCGCAUGGAAUUUCGCCGAUAACGACGGAGGACGAUUCGCUUGCGAAAUCGAUGCAUAAAAAUCAAAAAAAGAAAAGAAAAAAAAGACUAAAAAAAGAGGGAAAAACAAUUAUCCCAAUCGAACGGGGUGACGAUAGAAGAAUGAAACGAUCGUUGUUGUAAAAAAAUAAAGAAAAUUAUUUCGUCGCAUUUUUGAUUAGAUUUUUAUUUUAUUGUUUUUUUUGUCUUUUAAUCGACCGAAUCCGCAGUGCGAUAAUUGACAAGGUGCGAGAGCAAUCGUUACUCGAAGUGCGGAAUUUAACGAAUUUGAAAACCGGUUCGGAUUCACCUGUGAAUUAUCACGAGACAGCCGAUGACCAUGGAUUUUGAAGAGUAAAUUUUUUCGUCGCGAUGGACCGAUUGAUUCCGUCCCGUGAAGAUAUGAGAAUUUGAAAUUCCCGGUCGAUUUGUGCGGCGCGGGCAUUUAAAUCCUCCCGAGGUGAAAUUUUGCGACGAAAAUUUCUUUUUCUUUCCAUCGAAAUCCGGGUGUAAACUGACGUGAACGAAGUCGAUCGUUUGCGGGGGUGUGUGAAAAUUUGAUCGAAGAUAAAAUCGAACGUUCGAAUCUACGGUGAAUCAACGUGCGGUGAUGACCGAGGGUAAAGUUAUCCGCAACGAGGCGAAUCACGAGAUGAUUUCGAAUCCAAUUGUUUUACGUGCCUGCAGAAUCGAUAGCUGAGAGUCGUACCGUUUGACAAAGAGUACAACAGGUGUAUCGAAACUACGGAAAUGCAAAUGGACGUAAAAUUAACAGGGGAAAUAAAUGCGAGUCAACGAUCGAGAUGAUUUUUAUCGAUAAAUCAAUAACGAUCAGGAUCAUCGUCGGGGUUCGUUCGAAUCAAUCGCAUCGGCGAACGCCACUGGCUGCGUGAUGAUAGCGCGACGGACAAAUAAAUGUUGAUAAAUUAACGGAGUGUGUUUUAACGAAUCUACGUGCACGGUAAUAUUAUGUGUAAAUAACGACGAAUCGGGUCAUCGAAAUAACAGAGCGUGUACGCUGCGAGGGAUAUGGGUAAAAUUGUUCCCAUCGUUCGCCGAUGAUUGAAUAUCAGUUAUCAUUCCGAUUUGUGGUACGGUGCAGGUGCUGCGGUUAAUUAAGGUUCGACAAAAUGUGGUUGUGCAUAAUAACGACGAUUAUACUUUUUCUGAGAUCGGCGGACCUCCAGGUUUACGAACAGGAUGAUAUUAUAUCCGAUCUGGAUAAGCCGAUUCCUGUGAUCGACGUCGUUGGGGUCGCGGGAAACAAGGUACAGCUACCUUGCGACGUGCAGCCCACCGAUCCGGAUGACGCUAUUUUCAUGGUAUUAUGGUUCAAAGAAGACGGCGGAGAGCCGAUAUACAGUUUUGACGUACGAAAUCGGCUGCAGUUCUCGGAGGCCAGACUGUGGUCGUCCCCGGUGGCUCUCGGUCCGCGAGCUUUUUUUGUCACGGCGACUAAACCAGCACACCUGAGUAUCGAUAAGCUGGAAACGAGGGACGAAGGGGUGUACAGAUGCAGAGUAGACUUCAAAAAUUCACCGACGAGGAACCAUAAGAUGAACCUUACCGUAAUCGUCGCUCCGGAGAGGCCAAUUAUACUCGAUGGAACUACGAGGGAUAUAUCGCGCAUAGAAGAACCCUAUAACGAGGGAGACGACGUGAAUUUAAUCUGCGAGACAAGAGGUGGAAAACCUCCGCCGAAAUUAACCUGGUUCCUCGAAAAUACGGUCAUUGACGAAUCGUAUCAUUACAACGCCGACACCGGUCUCACCGUCAACCAUUUGUCCUAUCCGAAAGUCGGUAGGCAACACCUGAAGGCGAGACUCAUCUGCCAGGCGAGCAACACGAACUUGGUACAGCCCCAAUCCAAGCUGCUGAUACUCAACGUGAAUCUCAAGCCACUGGUCGUCCAGAUUUUGACGAAGGAGCCCAGGUUAUCGGCCGACAAAAAAUAUGACGUUGAAUGCAUGAGUUCCGGAUCGAGACCGAAAGCUGUUAUUUCAUGGUGGAUCGCCAACAGACAGAUGAAAAAAGCGAAAAACUAUUCGCCCGAAAACAAUCAAAGCCUGAGUAUUCUGAGUUACGUGCCGACGAUAGACGACGAUGGUAAAUAUCUCACGUGCAGAGCGGAGAAUCCAGCUAUCGCAGAAAGUAUAAAGGAGGACAAGUGGCGUCUCGACGUUCAAUAUCAACCCGUUGUUACGCUGCGUAUGGGAUCGACUUUGAAUCCCGACGACAUAAAGGAGGGCGACGACGUUUACUUCGAAUGCAAAGUCAGAGCUAAUCCAAAGGAGUACAAGCUCUCCUGGUUCAAGGACGGCAAGGAAAUGAAGAACAACGCGACGGGUGGAAUCGUCCUCAGCGACUACUCCCUCGUCCUUCAAGGACUGACGAGGAGCUCGGCCGGCGAGUACACCUGCCUCGCGGCCAACAGCGAGGGGAAAACCGCCAGCAAUUCGGUACCGCUUCAGAUAAUGUUCACACCGGUAUGCAAAGAGGGCAAAUCGGAGGUGGUCGUGGGUGCUUUAAAACAGGAAACGGUGUCCCUGGUAUGCGCCGUCGAGAGCCGUCCACCCCCUCUUACAUUUCAUUGGACGUUCAACAACUCCGGCGAACUGGUGGAAGUCGCUCAGUCGCGUUAUCCGAACGUACAAUCACCGGGUACGCCUUCCAUAGCUGAAAGUUUGAGGGAAUAUCAAAGAUUCCACGGUUCGCGUCUGAACUACACGCCGGCGACCGAGAUGGACUACGGAACCGUGGCCUGCUGGGCCAGCAACCAAGUGGGAAGACAGCGGACUCCCUGCCUCUUCCAGGUCAUAGCAGCCGGACGUCCUUACCCGCUUCACAAUUGCACGGCUACGGAAUUGUCAGCACCGCUCGAGUUCGAGGACCUCAGUUCCAAGUCCGCCUCCGGACUGGCGGUGAAAUGCUCGGAGGGUUACGACGGAGGUCUGCCGAUCCAGAGCUAUCAUCUGGACAUCGUUGGCGACGAGGACGACGGGUUAAUUUUGAACAACAAAACCGUUGCCGCGGGAUCAAAUGGACCGGAAUUCGAGGUGGCCGGUCUGACGCCCGGACGCAGUUACAGACUUUUUUUAUACGCAAUUAACGGAAAGGGUAGAAGCGAACCGACGAUACUGGAACCCGUUACUCUGAAGGGAGUAGCGAUGUACACGACCGGAAACGCCGACGCCUCGAUUCUGAGCCCCGUACUUUUGGGACUCGCGGCUACGGCCACGCUCUUGGCUCUCGCUGUCGCCGGAAUUUUGGCGGCACUUUACAAAAAACAUUCGAACGGCAGAGGUCAGAGUCCGAAGCACGCGCCGAUCGCCAGAGAACCACCUCAUCCCGGAGUGACCACACCGAUCCACUCGCAGACCAAACAGGCGGUGGACGACAUGGACCCGGACAUAAUCCCCAACGAAUACGAGAGGAGACCGCUGACCUACACGCCGAUAUACAAAACCCCGCCGCAACGGAGAAGAAAGGAUCUUAGGCUCGGCGAACUAUCGAUAACGCCGAAUUCGGAGGUGAAGCCGAUCGUCCAACAGAAACUCGAUCUCCAACCCGAUCUGAGGCUCCAGGAUGUCGAGACGAACUUCAUUCAAAAUCACACACUUCAUCAGAACACCUACUCGCAAGCUCCGACCAUGGCGGACUUCAAACAGAUGGCCAUGGACGCCUACAAUCAGCGGAACAAUCAGAAUGUAUACUACAGUCUGCAGAGAGCGAACAAGGGCAUGAGCUCGGCUGCAGUCAUGUCCCCUCAGCGGCCGGUAUCCUCCUCUAUAUCCGCCCACGCCAAGUUUCAUCAACCGGAAGUGGUAACCCGAUCGAAUAGGAUACAGGAAAGCUGUAUAUAAACUUUUCAAAAUAGAUUAUACAAGGCAACCUCCUGGUACAUACGUACACACGUACGUACAUAUGUUUUUAUCGGUAAACACACACAAAAGUAUCGCUUACUCGUUAAAUACGUUCGUAUCUAUGAAUUAUCAUGCAUAAACUGCACGUACUACGUUUCCACCGACAGAGAUCAGAACUAACGAUAUACCUGUACGUACGGGCAUACGUUGUGUAUUUUAUAACGGUGGCGUAGACUUAAUUUUCUCGUUUGAUGUUUGGAUUUUUUUUUCCUCUUCUUCAUUUGCGUAAUAUUGCGUAAUUUUCGUCACGUGAGCAGAAAUAUAAAACGAAAAUGAAGAUGAUUAAAGACGAAAAAAAAAAGGAAGAAACAACAAAACGAGAGACUUGUUAGAUAAGUAAGAUUUUAAUUGAUAUACACUGUGUUAAAGUUUGAAAAGUAUGAGGAAAUGGGAGGAAAAAAACAGAAGGAAAGAGAAUAUCACUAUGUACGAUGUAUGUGUUAAAAAUAUUACGGAUAAUUUUUCAAAUUCAUUCACGAUAUCAUCGUUAUAUAUUCAUAACGCGUUAAUCGCAUAAUCGAUGAACUAAUUUUUUUUUUUUUUGCUCUCUUUUUUCAUCGUUUUUCAUCGAUACUAUAUUAUACUGUACAGAACUUUGUCACACUAUAUGAAUAUUACACGAUUACAAAAAUCGAAUGAAAAAUAAAAUAAUUAAAUUAUAAUAAUAACGUAAAUGGAUAAAUAAAAUGACAAGUGAAGAGGGAGAAGAUAAGCGAAUGUUGUUUGAUUAAUUAAAGAAACGCGAUAGUUUUUAGAGAAGGGCGAUGAAAAAAUUUUCAGGAACGGGAACAGAUAAAUAAACAACUCCAGUCAAUUUUUCGAUUGAUGAAUAGCGUUGAUUAUAUUGAAAGAAAAAGAGAAAACAAUUGGGUGGUGUCGUUUUUUUUUUCUUUCUUUCGAUCAAAAUUAAUUCAUAUUAGUGUAACGCGAAACGCAGAAGAGGGGAAAAAAUUGCCUUUAUCGAUCGUACUGCCAGAAUCAAAUUUUCAUUCGUAUAGAUUAGAAAUUUUUCAUCACGAUUUUAGAAUUCUGUUGAAAGAGAAAGCAAAUAGAAAGAAAAAAAUAUAUAUAUAUAGAUCCAAUGUAAUAAUUGAAAAAGACUUUUAAUCCCGUUCCUCGAAGUCUGAAAACCUUGUUCACCGUUUAUGUACCAACACAUAUGUUGUGAAUUAUACAUACCUAUAAUAUAAUAUAAGAUAAGUUUAUGUAUAUAAUAUCAAACUAAAAUAACACACGAUACAGAAAUUUUUGUACAAAAAAAAAAAAAUAAGAUUGAUAAAUAAAUAAAUAAAUAAAUGAAUAAUUAAAUAAAUGAGGUGAAAUAUUAUAUAUUGUAAAUAAAUAAAAUGACGCGUAUAGACAUAGAUUAUUA